GUACCCAGCCUACUUAGCAACCACUGUAAUAGUGGAUCCCCAGAAAAUUCCAAGCGAAGAAUUCCGCAGAUAAAGGGAAAAAUACAGGCUGAUGUUUAGUCUAGAAAGUCGUUUGAUAUCUUCAUGAACACCCAGAAGGCUUCUACGUUUCUUCUUUGCUUUAAGUUUGACGUUUAAACGCCGGUACAUGAUGCUGAAGCGCGUUUUCUCUGUUAAACGAAGAAGGCGACCGCCCAUUUCGAAGCCUUCAGACUUCGAGCAUCGAGUCCACGCUGGUUUUGACGCGAAAACGGGGAAAUUUGUCGGUUUACCACCUCAAUGGGAGCAAUUAAUAAAUAACGAAGGCAGACCAAGACCGAUCGUUGAUCCGGAAUCAAUCACAGAUACAUCAGAACCGAACAGGAUUACCCAAUUCUUCGACGAAGAUUUUGAUGUAAACAAAGCGCAGAAUCAAGCUAUCAACGUUUCACGAUCGAAUUCCUUAAGGGGAUCGUUUAAAAAUCGCGAUGGUGACCUUCCUAACAGUCCAAGAUCGCCAAAAGGUAACGGUAACAGGUCACCAGGAAGCGAAGCUGCAACAGAUAAUCAACAAGCCACGAAGGAAGCUCCUAAAAGCAUAUUAAAGAAGCGAGGAACGACUAACGGGGCCAGUUCGAGGGACUCUAAGAGAAGUCAAAAUGAUGACAGGUCGGCUUCGUCAACUAGAUCGCAAAAUCAAGAGCAGAAUACUUCAAGUAGUUUCAGAGCGCCCGAUAAUGGCGCUCGACGAAGCAACAAUGAUCAGAAUUCAUCAAAAUCCAGAUUGAUGUAUUCAGACGAGCCUGUGACACACGAACAGUUUAGACAGGCACUGAAAAGUGUCGUUAAACCUGAAAAUCCACGCGAAAUCUUCGACAGAUUUGUGAAAAUAGGCGAAGGUUCAACAGGUGUUGUCUGCAUCGCAACGGAAAAACUAACCGGGCGUCAGGUUGCAGUAAAAAAGAUGGAUUUAAGAAGGCAGCAACGUAGAGAACUCCUAUUUAACGAGGUUGUGAUUAUGCGAGAUUAUCAUCACCCAAACAUUGUUGAAAUGUACGGAAGUUAUCUUAUUGAGAAUGAGCUGUGGGUCGUGAUGGAAUUUCUUGAAGGUGGAUCCCUCACGGAUAUCGUAACAAAUGCUAGUUUAUCAGAAGAACAAAUUGCACACAUCACAAAGUCCUGUUUGAAAGCAUUGGCUUUCCUUCAUUCUCAAGGUGUGCUUCAUCGUGACAUCAAGAGCGACAGUAUACUCUUGACAACUUCUGGUCAGGUCAAGAUAUCAGACUUUGGUUUUUGUGCCCAAGUCACACAAGAUGUCCCAAAGAGGAGAUCUCUCGUAGGCACUCCAUAUUGGAUGGCACCAGAAAUCAUAGCAAGACAGCCUUAUGGAACUGAGUCUGAUAUUUGGUCAAUUGGUGUUAUGGUUAUUGAGAUGAUAGACGGGGAGCCACCAUAUUUCAAUGAGCCACCUUUACAGGCAAUGAGGAAAAUCAGGGAUCUCAAUCCACCCACAGUGAAAAAUCCUGCAAAGCUUUCACCUCGAUUGAAGUCUUUCAUUGACAAAGCUCUGAUCCAUAGUCCUCAGCAACGAAGUGGUGCUCUCGACCUGCUUCAACAUCCAUUUUUACGCCCGUAUAAUAAUCCCAACUGCCUUGCAGAACUUAUGAAGUCGUUCAGACACAGUGUUUGCUGACAUCGUUUAAGAUGGACAGUUGGUUGUAUGGACAGAAGAUCUGGCUAAAAUUUCCAUGAAAUUUAGAAUUCGAUCUUUUUACAAAGUAUUUUCUUUUAGUAGAUUGUGAUGCAUCAGCUUGAGAAAGAGUUAGUGAAUCAUGUCAAUAAAUGAGAAACUGUAAUUUUUGACGUUAGGGCUUGUAGAACUUCCUCAAUUGAUUUUAAGUGAUUUUCAAUGCAUUGUACGAAUAUAGUUUUUAAUUUUUUACGCAAUGAAAUAAAGUAAAACCGUGCAUAAGUUCAUGAAAAAA